UUUACGCCAAUAGUAAGAUAAAUUACAAAAAUAAGGUAAACCUGAAAACUUAUUUCUUGUUGCCACUGAGAAGAUAGACCUUCAUUUCCUCUUACGGGUUUGUUUUACCUACGAAUUUGUGUCUCCUAUAGGAAAAUUUUUUAAGUUGUUUAGUUUUUGGAGAUAGACUUAAAUUUUAAGUUUCUUUUUCCCCGACAAAUUGUUUUACAAUGCAGAAGAGUUCCUUUAAUGAUGGAGUGUCCUUCGAACGUGAACCAUCAUUAACAAGACCGCCGUCACCUUUAGCUGUUCCUGAGAAUUUUGAGCCAUCAGAUGUCAGUGAUGAAGCCUUUGCUGCUGUGGCUGAUGAUUUGAUCAAUGAUGUCAUCUUAGAUUUUUGUUUUCAAGUACAUAGAGCAUCUAAAAUAGGUCUUUAUAGAAAAGAUAAAGAGGAAGAGACAAAGGUUAAAGAAGAUAUAUUUGGUCAAAUAAGUGCUAAACACAAUAUAAAUUGUCCUCAUUGUACCAGAAAAAUUGAAGCUUCUCGAUUUGCUAACCACUUAGAAAAAUGCAUGGUAGGAAAUGGACGACUAAGCAGUAGAAAUGCUAGGAGAAAAAUCGAUGCAAUGGGGAGUGAUUAUGAUGAUGAUGAAAAUGAAAGUGACUCCAGUUAUUCAUCAAGAAAAAAACCAAAGAAGAAAACAACAAAAGGAGCAUUCCGAAAGAAAGUUACCAAAGAUCCAACUAUGCUCUCCAUCAUAGAAGCUUCCUUGUCCCAUGGUUCACCUUCUGUUAGUGGAAGUGAUCAAGUGUCACCUGAAAAUUACAAGUUAUUCUUCACUCAGUAUUGUGGAGUAAAAUCUAAGCAUACAAAGAGAAUGUGCAUGAAUACUCUUAAAUGUUCUCAGCACACUGAUAAAAUGCGAAAUGAUAUCCGGAAGGAACUUUUAGCUAGUUACGGUAAUGAACAAAUAGUCGAUGAUGUACAUAUUGAUGUAGAUACUGUUGAUGAAGAAGGAGCUGCAUUCUAUACAGCGCCUGGUAUGUCUAGAAGCUCAUCCCCAGAGUUCAAUUCUGAUUGAAGACUUAUAAAAUCUCAUUUUUCCUCACUUUUUGGAACUUUUUAACCUCAUAAAGCUACUACUAAAAUAACACUGCAAAAUUGAUCUAGUUUUUCAAACAUUUUCAACAUCUAGAGAAAUACAUCUUUGUUAGAAUUUGUAGAAAAUUUUGAGUUCUUAUAUUGUAUUUAACUGUCUAUAUGCUAUUGCAUAAAUUAAUAAUAAAUUAUUAUUAUUUUUUUAAAUAUUUUUGAGAGUGCUGUUUUUUAUUAAAUGCCUUUGCCUGUUAUUCGAUGAUAUACAUAAAAGAAAAAAUUCGGAAUUUUAAAUUUUGUAUUAUGUUUACUUAUGUCAUAGCAGAAUUAUUAGAUAUUUAAAUUUUCUUGGUACGUAAAAUUAAACUGAAACCUCUUAGGAUCGACCACUCUCUGUUCCACAUUAAAAUGGUCAUUAAUAGAGGUUGGCUGUUCCAAUGGGUUACCUUCAUGGACUUCAAAAUGAUAUCGAUGGCACACGAUUUUUUGAAAAAUAUUUUAAUUUUUGUCCGUGUCAUUUCCUUGCUGUGGAAAUGCCUUUUGUGUUGGCGUCAUGAAAACCAGAUCGAGAAAUAAAAUUUAGUAACAAUAAAAAUAAUUCCUACUGAUAUGAGUAAAAACAAAUUCAUCAAUUAUGAAUGAUGGAGCUAUUUUGAAAAUGAACAAUUAUGUUUUUUUGUUUAAGUUUUCCUUUACUUUUAUUUAUCUUUAAAAAUGACGAGUAGCUUGUUUGUUUGAGAUGCUUAGUUUUUUCCAAAGAAACUUUUUUUUCUAAAUUAACAAUUAACUUUCAACUCAGAGGUUUUCCCAAACGCUGGGAGAUGGUCUCUCCUAAAGAUUUUCUUCAGCACUUAGUCUAUGGAAAAAAUUCUGUGCCUCCCAAAAGUGGUUGUAAUUAGAGGAGGUCAAAAUUUUGUUUUGA